UAUUCAAGAACUUAUUUUAAGAUCGGGUUAAGGGAGCUGUUGCACAGAUAAUAUCGACGACCGUCACAUUCCCAGCACAGUAACUACGACUGGGAGGGCGUUGAGGGGGAAAAUAAAAACAGUCUGGAAUUUAAUCCCAGCAUCGUUUUAAAGCCGCCUACCAGAAGUUGUAGUUCUCUUGCAAGUGCGCGACCUCUGAACAGGAAAGAAAGUCGAAGAACCAAAAAUAAAACUACAAUUCCCAUGUAGCCGUGCCGACUGUAGGAACGUCAUUUCCGUAAAUAGAGAUGGCAGCGUCGUCUGUUUGAGCUGGGAGGUGGCGUGCUCGAUAAUUUCCUAUAUUAUACCGGCUGUAUUCGUUUGAUUCUGGAAGAAUCUUAUUCUUUCUAUAGCACUUUAUUUCCAGCGAAAUCUAAAGGCGCACCAUAUUCUUUGGUUGCAAAGGCCAAGGACGUUAUUACAAUUUAACUCCGUAUUGCAGUUAUUUUUAGCUGAUUCCAUUUUUCACUGAAAACCAGAGGAGAACGAGCAGGUUUUGGUCUGGCUCCAGGGAGAUACUGUAUCUUCAGCUGAUUGUCUAACGAGCGCUGGGAGAAGCAUGUCUCAGGACUCGGACAAGCCGACAUCUGGGGAGGACAAGCUGGAUGAUCCCAGUGAGACGAGGAACCGUGCAGAGAGCCUGGACCCUUCAGAAGAGUCUCUGAGGAAGAGGGUGCGACAGCGCACCCCCAGCCCCCACGGGGGCGGCAGUGUACCGUCCAGUCCUCCCCGAUUUGUGUCAGUGGAGGAGCUGAUGGAGACAGCCAAAGGUGUGACCAACAUGGCCCUGGCCCAUGAGAUUGUGGUCAAUGGUGGGUUCCAGGUGAAGCCCUCACACUUGACAGAGGGCAGUUUAGAGAAAAGGGUGCGAGAGAUCGUACACAAAGCGUUCUGGGACUGCCUUGAAGCGCAGCUGAGCGAAGAUCCUCCUACAUAUGACCACGCAAUCAGACUGCUGGGAGAGAUCAAGGAGACUCUCCUGUCGUUCCUGUUGCCUGGCCACAGCCGCCUGCGUAAUCAGAUUAACGAGGUUCUGGACCUGGAGCUGAUCAGGCAAGAGGCAGAAAACGGAGCCCUGGACAUCAACAAGGUGGCGGAGUUUGUGAUCAGCAUGAUGGGGACCCUGUGCGCCCCAGCUCGAGACGAGGAGAUCAAAAAGCUGCGUGACAUCACCGCCAUUGUUCCUCUGUUCAAGGCCAUUUUCUCAGUAAUGGAUUUAAUGAAGAUUGAUAUGGCUAAUUUUGCAGUAAGCAGCAUUAGACCACAUUUAAUGCAGCAGUCUGUUGAGUACGAGAGGAAGAAAUUCCAGGAAUUCAUUGAAAAACAACCCAACUCCCUGGACUUUACUCAGAAGUGGCUCCAGGAUGCAGCAAACGCUCUCGUCAAUGUGGAAGCAGAGGCCAGCCCUCCCUGCGCAGGGGCGGCAGGCCUCAGGGCCCCCGCUCUGUCCCCCCUCACGGUGCACAACCAAGCGUACCUGCGCCUGCUCAAGUGGGACCACACUCGCUCGCCUUUCCCCGAGGUAGGUCACCCGCCACCUGUUCUCCUUCUCCUGCCUCUCGACCUUGGGUUGGCCUUCUUAAACCAAUGCACCGCCCUCCUUUGUUUUGCAUUUGUCGUUUUUUUUCCCAUUUCAGUGAUGCACACCCGACGUUUUCAAUCACAGCGUUCUUGGAAAAACAGUUCUUUUAAUGCCAGCGAGGCCUUUGCUACAGUUGGAGAGAAGAUCUGUGUGGAGGUUAAUAGCUGCCUGGCCCAGCAUGGCUUCACCCCGUUUUCUGCUGACAGGGAAACUGUGCUGAAAGGACAGAUUGAAGCCGUGAAAAAUCCAGACAAUUCCAUCCGCAAACUCAUCGGUAACAGUUUCAUUACUCUUUGA